GGAGGAGUCUCUGAAAACCUAUUUAAAUCAGUCUGUCCUGACUCAGAUCAACAGUCUCCAGUCUACCAACUGGUCUCUGUAACUUCAUCUUUGUCUCUGUGGUGUACAGUCUUCAGGUGAUGAUGGGGGUAUUGAAUCAUCUCUCUACUCUCCUCCUUCUCUCUCUCCUUCCUCCUGCUCUCUCUCAUGUAGUGGAGAAGUUCAGUGAUGUUACAGAGUGCACAGAGUUUCUUCCUGGAGGGGACAACUCCAAAUCUCCCAGGUAUUUUGGAUGGUGGGACAGUCCAGGACCAGAACCGCUACAAGCCGAUCUGCCAGUUGUUCAACAACAUCUACAGGUUUGCAACUCUCUACGACACGACCAACAGGAUCCCUGUGUUCUCAGCCUACACCUUCACUGGUCCUCCUACAAACUGCAGACCAAACAAUCAACGCUGGAUGAUGGAGCCCCAGCUCAACAGGAAAAACAACAACCCUAAAAUGCAAAACAGUAAAGAGAUUGAAUAUCAACACCAGGCUGGGAACUACGACUAUAAGAACUCAAUACCAAAUAAAGGGGUGAACAGAGGUCACCUCUUCCCAUGUUCACAUGCUCAUGACCUUGAUACUCAGGAGUCCACCUUUACCCUGACCAACAUCGUUCCCCAGGACAGCACCUUCAACGGGGGCAGCUGGAAUGAUAUGGAGAGAAAUGUCAGAGGAAAGCUUGAGACGGACUGUAUUAAUAACAACGGGAAGAUAGAAGCCUAUGUGGUGACUGGAGCAGUUCCCAGUAAGAGCAACAAACUGAACAACAGAGUGAACAUCCCAGAUAUCCUGUGGACAGCCUACUGCUGUUACAACAACAACCUGGGAAAGUGG